AUGGAAUGGAGGUGUGCCGGCGGCGCGCCGUUCUGUGGGGCGAGAUGGGGCAGGGACAAAGGGUCCGAGACCUCUUUGGGCCGACGAACCGUGUGUGGAAAGCAGCCUGACUCGCAGGAGAGUGUCCAGCUUAUCUUCCUCCCAAGUCGGCAGUCACUUUUGCAAGGAGACCUUCAGGAUGUGGACGAAAAUGCUACUGUGCAGGAGCACAGGUGUGAUUGCAUUGACUGCUACUCUUCAUCCUCGGCUCGGGUCAUCCUGGAGGGACGAGUGGAACGAAACGGGGAGGUGGGCGAGAUUCUGUCGGAUGCGUGGGAACAGUACAGGAGAGAAAAAUGGAAUGCCCUCGUCCAGGAGACAAAGAUCGCGCUGUCUAAUUCACCACUCUACGAGUACCUGCAGGAUUUGGGACACACUGAUUUUGAAGUAUGUUCAUCUGUGUCACAGAAGGCAAAGCAAUGUGCGGUAGAGGAAGGCCAGAGAGAGAGGACUGUGCACACUGCCCAGAAACAAAGCAUCCUGUCAAAACUAGUUGAGUUCUUCAGAAGUUGGUUUCCCUUUCCACAAUAUAAGAAAAACGAUGACAUACUGCACCGAUUGGAUGUUGGAUUUCGAUUUGACACGCUCCGUACCAUCCUGCAACAGGAAGUUCUGCUGCAGGAGGAUGUGGAACUGAUUGAGUUCCUUGACCCAAGUAUCCUGUCUGCAGGGCAGUGUAAGCAACAGGAAAAUGGACAGCUUCCAACACUACGCUCCCUAGCAACUCCUAAUAUUUGGGAUAUCUCACUCUUGCUUGCCUUUGUAAGUGCCCUGCUUAUGCUUCCUUCAUGGUGGAAGGAGUCAUCGUGGCUACCGUGGGGACUGGUUCUGCUUGUGUAUGCAGUCUUUCGAGUGUGGGCCACAUGGAGGACAGCCAAGCUACAAAUGUCCCUGCAAAAAUACUGUACCCAGCUGGAAGAAACAGUAGCAAAUAGUCGAGCUUUUACUAAUCUUGUGAGGAAAGCUCUACGGCUCAUUCAAGAGACUGAAGUAAUUUCCAGAGGAUUUACCCUGGUCAGUGCCGCUUGCCCACUUAAUAAAGCUGGACAGCAUCCUAGUCAGCAUCUUAUUGGUCUCCGGAAAGCCGUCUAUCGAUCUGUCAGAGCCAACUUCCGAGCUUCAAGACUGGCUACUCUGUACAUGCUGAAAAACUACCCUCUGAACUCUGAGAGCGACAACGUGACCAGCUACAUCUGUGUAGUCCCUUUUAAGGACCUGGGCCUGGGACUGAGCGAAGAGCAGGUAUCUGAAGAGGAGGCACACAAUCUCACGGAUGGCUUCAGCUUGCCUGCACUCAAGGUUCUCUUUCAGCUGUGGGUAGGGCAGAGUUCGGAGUUCUUCAGGAGACUGGUACUGCUCCUCUCCCCAGCCAACGCAUCCCCCAAGCCCUUGAUCUCCCCUGAACGGUUGCCUCAUCAUAUCUUGUCUGAUGUGACUCAAGGCCUACCUCAUACACAUGCUGCCUGCUUAGAAGAGCUCAAGAGAAGCUAUGAGUUUUAUCGGUACUUCGAAACUCAGCAUCAGUCAGGUUUUGAACGACCGACCAGAACAAAACAGAAGUCAAGAGAGUUGAACAGCCUUCAAACAGCAGUACGCAGUUUGCAGCUUCAUCUCAAGGCACUGUUGAAUGAGGUAAUAAUUCUUGAGGAUGAACUUGAAAAACUUGUUAGCACUAAGGAGACACCUGAAUUAACAACAGAAGCCCACCAGGUUCUGGAACAAAAACUAAAGUUUAUUCAGCCUCAUAUGCAGGCAAGCAACAGCUGCUGGGAAGAAGCCAUUUCUCAGGUGGAGAAAAUGGGUGGAAGAAACCCAAAUAAAAAAGGCAAGCUUGAAGCUUCCUGUGAUAACCUACAGCGUACUUCAGUACCUUUAAUACAGCCUACUGUGUACAUAGAAGACAGAGAUCCCAUCCCCGAAGAACAGGAAUUGGAAGCCUAUGUUGAUUAUUCUGAUAUGGACAAUGAAUAUAAUAGAGAAGCUUUUGACUGCUUUUCCCAGGAAGAGAGAGAGAGACAAAAACGAGAGAGAGAAGAAUCUAAGAGGGUAUUACAGGAAUUGAAAUCUGUACUGGGAUUUAAAGCUUCAGAAGCAGAAAGGCAGAAAUGGAAACAGCUCCUAUUCAGUGACCAUGCUGCAGUGAAACCCUUGUCUCCUGUAGAGUCAUUGAAGCUCCUAAAUAAUUUGGAAUCACACAUGAAUUCAAAUACAGAAAAGCAGGACUGCAACCAAAGUUGUGAUAAAUCUGAAGAAAGCGACUCUAAUUCAGAAGUGAAUGCUGCUGAUAAAAGCAGGACAGAAUAUUUGUAUGAAGAUCCUGAGAUGGAGAGAAACAGAGACAGUUCUACUGAAGAAGGUAUUUCUACAGAGACUGAAGAGAUAACGUGCUAUCGGUAUGAGGGGGAAGUUGAAGAUCUCAAGCCAAGCGAUACGGAUAGAGUAGAAGUUUCACAGCCUCCCUCUGUGGAUGCACUGCAUUCAAAAAUAAAGCAUAGGCUGGCUCAGCUUCACAUAUCAACAGAUUUUAACUUCACAUCUGGUCUGGCUGCACAAGCUGCUGCCAGGUCUUUCUCUUUUACUACAAUGCUGGAACAGACUUUUGGAGAUGAGGAUGAGGAUGAAGAAGAGGAGAAGGAGGAAGGGAAGGGGCAAGAACACGAAGACCUGAUGGAAGAUUUUGAGAAUGAAGGUAGUGGCUCUGAGAGUGAAGGAAAAGUACAAGUCUGAUCUGAACUUUUAAAAACCAACAACAGACAAUUUGGUAGGAAAAAAGAAAAACAAAAAACUAAAUGUAGGGGGUUUGAAGUUAAAAAUGCUGAAUGGAAAAAAAAAAAAAAUUGGGAGACCUAAAUGUAAUACGUCUUGUUCCCUAAGUCUGAGACACUAAAUGGGACUUCUGAGUAUGUGGAAACUUUGCAGGUAAGAUAACUUUAAGCUGCAACCACUAAGCAGUUGGCUGUUGCCUUUUUAAGAUCUUAGUGAUGAGUUUUGGAGAUUACCUUUGUGUUUUCUGGUUUAUUUAUUUAUAUCAUGAAGUGCUGUUGUUGUUUUUUUUAAAAAGAAUGGAAAACAAUGUAUUGAAUUACAUCAGACUGUCUUCUGCUUUCCGAUUUUGUUGUCUUGGAAUCAAGCGUUAGUUCCAAUAAAAAAAAACAGGGCAUUUGUUUUGGAAGAAUCUGAACUGUUCCCUGUGAUCUUCCUCCACCACUGCUCAUGUCCAGAGUGAGUUGGUUGAGCCACUAUAGACACUGAUGAAUCUGUGGCUUGUGGUGCUCCUGGCUAAAACAGAGUCUUAAGUAAAAACUUGAAAGGUCUUGUAUUUUAUGUGGCCUGGGGCAUGGGACUGAAAUGCAUGAAGUUGGUCGUACUUCAUGUUAAGGUUUCUAUAGAAUUUUAUGAAAGGUUAAUAAAUGAUUCAUAAAUGUUGUAAUUCAUGUUAGAGAAAAGUGUAGUACGCGUUAGGGAGGGUUUUGAGCUAAUCAAUAUAAGGUACUAUAGACAAGUAGAAGCAAUUUGUUGGAUUGAUAAUAGGUGAGAAUUAAAUAGCUAUUUAGUAAAAUAGCUAUUAAUCCUUUGUUAACCUUUUAUAAAUUGAGCCUUAAUAUAA